CUAACGUUAUGUGAUGCUGGGGAUUCGUAAAUCUUUUUGUAACUAAGAAGUAAUGUUGAUUGCCUUGGAGCUGGGCUUCAGGGAGGUCUGACUUUUUUGCAACCAGGGGUACUAGUAACCCCGUUUGGUAGUGUGGUGCACCACAUUACCAAACACACUAUAAUUGAUGUCUGCUCUUGAAGUCAAUACCAGCUAAAUGUGUAAUGCCUGCAGGUAGCAUAUCCAUCAGGAGUGGAAGGUUUCCAAACUCAACUUCUCAAGACAACAGACCAAUAUGUGCUUCAAUACUGUCACAGCACAUAGCCCUCUAUUCUUUAGAAAUGGGACCUGAGUGGGUGACCAAGCAGGUGAAAGACCACGUCAAGAACAGAGAUAUAAUUCUGGAAGCACUUUCCCCGUUGGGCGAAGGAGCUGUGAAAGGUGGAGAAGGUGUAAUUUACCUAUGGGCAAAGCUUCCAGAACAGGAUGUGGAUGAUGAUAAGGUUGUUCGCUGGCUUGCAACGAGGCACGGGGUGCUUGUGAUUCCAGGAGGUGCAUGUGGAUGUCCUGGGCAUCUUAGCAUCUCUUUGGGAUGCCUGACAGAGAAUAAUUGUAAGGCUGCUGCAGAGAGACUGAGGAGAGGAUUGGAAGAUUUGCUAAGCAAUGGAAUUGUGGAGUGACACUAAUCAUUUUUACAGUGAAUAACUUCAAGAUUGAAAGCCAGAAAGGCCGGUUUGGCGUGACCGGCGCCGUGGCGUGCAUUUGAAUAAGAAGAGGGUGUCUGGCUGUACAUGAAGAAUUAAAUUAUCUGAUGUUCUUACGUUGAUAGUCAUGUUGUUAUCAAAUGAAGGUACUUCAAAAUUGGCAGAGACACAUUGAUCAUUGAUAUCAAAAGAAACCGAUGCAAAGUGAGUGGUUCUGAUGAAAAUAGUUCAAAUGACAGCAGUGAAAGACAAUACAUAAUAUUCUAUAAUGAGGACAACGUAAAUAUGCUCUGUCUGUUCUUUCCAUGCGUGCCGUGGUAUUCAGCUUCAAAUGAAAGAAGAAGAAGAAAAGGGGAAGAAAGACACUUUGAAUUAUGGCAAAAACCUGAAAGUAAUGUUCCAUGCCAUGAUGAUAUCUAUUUUCUAACAGAAAUGGCGAAAGAAGAAAGCAUGCAAUGAUGAGCCCUCGCAUUUGUGGUUAAAAACAAAGAAAAAGUUGAAAGUGAAACGUUUCGAAACAAC